UGUAGCAUGCAAAUGAAGAGAAUAUUAGUAGAAAAGUUUUAAGAGUGGAUCUGAACUUCAUCUAAAAAAUUUAUGGUUCCAAGGAGGCCUUAGUAUUCUCUGCUUUGCUCUUCAGCAUGUAAAUGGUCAGCUUCUCUUCAAAAUCUGCCUUCUAAAUCCAUUAGGCAAAAAGAGAAAAAGAAUCAAGAAAAGGGUCGAUAAAGGAGUUUGGGAGUGUAAGUGAAGUAUAAGAGUGACAAAAUGAGAUCUAUAGAGGAGAAAGGAUGCUUGAAUUAUGGACAAAAACAACAAGAGGUUGUAGGAGGCAAUUUUGAGUUUCAUGGAAUGAAUCGUGCAUCGACUCAUCAUAGAACAGCAGCCUCAGGUAAACCAACACCAUCAAAAUGGGAUGAUGCACAAAAAUGGUUGGUCAAUCUUUCAAGAGGAGGAGAAAAACACCAAUCUAAAGCCACCCCUCGAAACUCCAAUGCUGAUGACUUAAGGUUGAUUGCACCUGUCCCAAAGAAAGAAGACUAUUCGAGUGGCGAUGAGGGUGAUUCUAGUAUGAUUCAAUUUCAAGUAGAAACAAAGAGAGUUGAUUGUGAUGAAUCAAUAUGGAGAAUCAAUAAUAACAACAACAACUCUGCAUCCAUUGUUCGAUCCAUAUGUGUUAGGGACAUGGGAACAGAAAUGACCCCAAUUGCAAGCCAAGAGCCAUCAAGAACAGCCACACCAAUUAGAGCCACAACUCCAGCAGUAAGAAGCCCAAUAUCCUCAGGAUCUUCUACUCCUAUUAGGGGACAAAAUGGGACAAUAGAAAAUGGUCAAAUUGUUGCCACCAUUGAUCAGAACAGUGGAAAUGCAGGGACUGCACGAAUUGUUCGCGAUGUAGAGGAAACUAUUGACAACGAAAUAGCAGCUAAGAAGGGAACAGACCAUCCCAACAAGCUUAAUCCACUGGAGACUCGUGCAAUGGCGUGGGAUGAGGCUGAACGUGCUAAGUACAUGGCAAGGUAUAAGCGCGAAGAGGUGAAAAUACAAGCUUGGGAAAAUCAUGAAAAGAGGAAAGCUGAAAUGGAAAUGAAAAGAAUGGAGGUGAAGGCAGAGAGAAUAAAAGCAAGGGCAGAGGAGAAGUACAAAAACAAAUUGGCAGCAGCAAGGAGAAUAGCAGAAGAGAAAAGAGGGAAUGCUGAGGCAGAGUUGAAUGAAAAAGCUGUGAAGACUUCUGAAAAGGCAGAUUAUAUAAGGAGGACUGGUCAUCUUCCCUCUUCUUUCUCUUUUAAGUUACCUUCUUCUUUCUGCUGGUAAUAAUCUGUACCUAUAUUUACAUUUACUAACUAGUACUAGUAACUUUCUUCCUUAAGCCUUCAAUCAUGUUCCAAA